AUUACAAUAAGAAAUCUGUCUACUAACAUAGUUAUCUUCUGUGCAGCUAUUGAAGGUGUGCCUGUUGUAUUCUUUACUGAUUCUUCAGGUUCACUCCCUUGUGAUUUCUGUUUUUGCUAUAAUAUUAUUGUUCAAGGUGCAAAAAACGUUGUGAAUGCUUGUCGAGAAUGCAAGGUAAAACGGCUAAUAUACAACAGUUCUGCCGAUGUAGUUAUUGACAUUACACGUGAUAUACUUAAUGGAGACGAGUCGUUGCCAUACCCUGACCAAUUCCAGGACAUUGUGGCCAGCCUCAAGGCUCAAGCAGAGGCAUUGAUAUUAUCUGCAAAUGAUAUUGAUGGCCUUUUAACAUGUGCACUUCGUCCUUGCAAUGUGUUUGGACCUGGAGAUGAAAAACUUAUUCCAUUUCUGGUGAAUGUGGCAAACUCUGGAUGGGCGAAGUUUAUUAUAGGAAAUGGUGCAAAACAGUCUGACUUCACCUAUGUGGAUAAUGUUUCCCAUGCUCUUAUCUGUGCUGAAGAAUCUCUGGAUUCUCAUAUGGUUUCUGUGUCUGGAAAGGCUUUUUUUGUAAAUAAUCUUGAGCCAAUGAAGUUCUGGGAAUUUGUAUCUCUUGUAUUGGAUGGCUUGGGUUAUCAGAGGUAUUUCACCUUUAUGGUUUGCUUGAUAUUUAUAGUAUUUGCUGAAUCAUCAAUUCUGGCAUUAGUUAGUGUAAUCAACCAUGCAUACAAAAGGUUCAGACUUCAGUUCUGGGGAAUCAUUGAUGAAUGAAGAACUUUUCUGACGAACGAGUAUGGCACCACAAAGUACAAGACUUUGAGUAGAAUUGAUGAAAUUAUUUCUGCUGUUACCUGCAGGAGCAGAUGUUAUUUGACAGGCUUAUUUGGUUACAUUAAUGAGUCACCUACGGCUGUAAUCCAAAUCUUUUGCUAUAUACUUAUGAUGUCUUCAGGCCACCAUUCAUAUGUAUCUCUGUUUGUAUUUAUGGUGAUAGAGAAAAAAUGCAAUUGUGUAGGACAAGAGACCUUGAUUAACAUUAGAUACAACAUUAAACAAGCAUUUUUUUCUGCAUUAAUGCUGCCCACAUGUU